AUGGCCAAGGUAUACUCUUUCUGGGUGUUUGAUCGGCACUGCAAUGCGGUCUACCAUCAGGACUGGUCGCAUCUUCAUGCUGCAGUGUCGGUGAGGCCCGGUGGACCAACCAGCCCGACGCCGUCGCAAUCAUCGGGCUUUGCCUCGCUCGGCGCCUCGAUCCAGCGCGCCACCGCGAGCGCACCGAGCGUAGCGGCCAACGACGUGCCCCUGGCUCCGCAGCGACCGGGUGCACCGUCGCUGCCGGGCGUCACACGAACCACAACCUCCACGGACACUGCUGCGUCCACAUCCGCCACUACGACUGCGGGGCCAUCAGCGCCCCGAGCUGCUGCGGAGCACCGAAGCACGGCCACCGCGGCGAUCGACCCGGCGGCAACCGAGCUGCUUCCGUUCGACGAGCAGGCCAAGCUGGUGUACGGCGUGGUGUUCUCACUGCGCAACAUGGUGCGCAAGCUCGGCGGCGAGGCCGAGACGUUCAACAGCUUCACCACCUCGACUUACACGCUGGCGCAUCUGCACACGCCCACCAUGUACACGCUUGUCAUCGUCACCGACCCCGUGCCGCCGCCCUCGUCGAUACCGAGCCGCACGAGCGAAGGAUUCGCGAUCGGCAGUGCCUCCGCCGCCCUGUCUGGGCGCUCGUCGUUCGGCACGGGCGGAGGCAUCCCCGGCACGGGCGGCAUGAGUCUCAAGGGCGUGCUGCUGCAGAUCUACCGCGGACCGUGGGUGGAUGCCGUGGUGAGGAAUCCGCUGCUGCGCGCACUCGAGCGCGAAGAACGCAUCGUCGAGCCAGAGUCCGAUGCCCACAACCCCACCGAAGCAGGCGUUACCGUCGUCAGCGAACGAAGGCUUGAUCGCACACACGGUAUCGACACAGACGCCUUCCGUGAAGGCCUCGAGAAAGUACUGGUGCAGAACAAGCUCUCGGCGCCGGCGUCGUAA